GUCUACGCAAAAACUCCGGCAAAAUAGCUCGACAAGCGACCGACGAGGAGGAGACCAUAUCCGGUCUCAAACGACCUACAAAGCCAAUUCGCGUGCCGCUCCAUCCAUCCGCGAGUGCAGCGACUCGAGGCUUUUCUUGGAUGGAGCUGGCAAAACCCGUCGAACUCGGCGCUCCUCUCGGAUCCGACUCCCGGCAAUGACUCCGCCGGCCUCGCAGUGCCGUCGCGCCCUACAACGCCAGAUUGUCCCCUCGAAAGACUCGGUCUGGAUUACCGACGGACUGCUCGCCAGCGCGUUCGAACGGUACUGCCGCGUGUCGAGGACGUGGAACAGGAAGGCAAGCAAUGUCCCCGGGCCGCUCGAGAGCCAGCGCCGACUCGGGCGUCGUCGCAUGGGCGACGCCAGCACUUGGCACUGCCCGCCGACACCGCCGUCGUGGGCCUUCCUGGUGCCAUUGAACCUGACGGAAUGGACCUGGAAGCCGCCGACGUUGGCCUCCGCCCGAGAGAACAACCGACCUCGGCACGAAUCCCCCGCUCCCGCUUCCGCUUCCGCUUCCGCUCGUGUCGAUCCCGCCUCGCUGCUGCCCCAAUGGCUACGAGGUCCGGUGCCUCGACAGCUUGCCGAGUCUGCGGUGGAUUCGACGAGCGCUGAGUUAUCCGAUCCGAGCCAGUCCUCGUCGAUCGUCUCACCGCGACCUGCCCCUUACGCAGCGCUCCUCGGCGGCUUCCGCUGGGCGGCCGCGCAUGCCGACGACGACCGCCUCGCAUCCUACACCGGCAAACUAUGUAGCCAGCUGCGACAACGCAUCAUGCUCGGGGAAUUACCACCGGAUGACAUCUCACUGCUGGCAAAGGAGAUGUGGGACACUCUAGACUCACGGCUGCAAGGGUCAGCCCUUGGCCAUCGUCUGUCGCUCUCUUUCUGUAGGGCGAUUGUGAGCGGCCUCACGAGCUCCAAAGUGUUCUCACCAGCGCUCAUGGACGCGCAGUUUUGGAAUGCCCUCCUCUUUCAAAUAGCAAAGCUUCCGGCCAGCGACACGCUCUGCAAUCUUUUCGUCAAGGUCAUGACGGCUAUGCCAGCAUCGCACAGACCCCGAGUUUCCCAGGGCGUUCUUGCAGUCCUCGGCUGCCUCUUUUCUGCUUGGAACCGCGCUACGGCAGCAGUUGGUGGCUGCGACACCAGACGGCUAUUAGACAUUGGCAUUCUGCCGGAGCUGUACGAGAAACAGCGAAAGAUAUCUGCGUUGCCGCCGUGCCUGCGCCAGGCGAUAACCAUCUCAGAUGUUUUGCAGGGCGCCACUCCGGAUGAGACGAAGCAGCUGCUCUCUGCCGCCCACCGCGUCGUCCUCAGGGAAGCAGCCGCGUGGAAGAUGCAGAAUGACGGUCGAGCCUUGCGAUACAGCUGGCUUUACAUGCUCGCACGGAAUCCCCACGUCAACCAGGAUUUCCUGUUCGAUGCUGCCGCCUCCCUUUGCGGCGAGUCGCUGAAGCAUGUGCAGCCACUAUCGGUUGUCGAAGUGUCUUCAUUGCUCCUGACACAGUGGGCGAGUCGAGGAUACCUCAGGGCGCCCAAGGAUGUCUACCGUGCCUACAGGAGGCAUCGGGGGAAACGCGACGAGGCAGCCCUUGCCGCGCUGUUUCUGGCGAUUUUCUCCCGCGGCGACGGCGAGACCAGGAAAGGGCUGUACCUCAGCGCCUGGAAGCUCUUGGCCAAGCUCCGGCAGAAAGACUACGUGAUACAAUCGCUAACAUUCGAUGCGCUCACCGGGAAACUUCCAGUGCGCAUGCUGGAGGAUCUCGCCUGCACGUCUGGCGACCACAUCAUGGCGAUCCGCCUUCGCGACCUGUGGUCCAAUCACGUCGUAACGGAUGACCGCCAGCCUCAGUGGUACCCGGGCGUCUUCGACAGAUACGCCGAAGACAUCGUCCGUGACCCACGCAUCCCUGCCAAGGAAAUAUGGCGUGUUCUGGACAUCGGAAAGCUGGAACGCCAAGGCGUAACGACAAAGCAGAGGAUGUUGCGCCACCGCGGCACAUUUGGAGAGCGCAGAGCAGUGGUGGUAGAGAAGGCGUCCCGGGCGUUCAUGAAUGCCCCUCACCUAUCAAACCGCGCGGCUCUCCGCCACGUGUCGCGGUCCUUUGCGUUCCUCAAGGCGGUCAGGGGCAAGGUGCCCGACUUCAUCAUCCAGGACUUGUAUCGGCUCGUCACCAAGGACCUGUGGGAGAACAAGCCCGGGAGGACAAAGCGGCUGUUGUGGUUCCUGAGAAUUAUCGAGAGGAGACACGGUCUCGAGUUUGCGUGGUCCUGCCGUCUUGCGUUGAGACGCUGGAGAGCCAGGCUGAUGCAGAAGUUGGUAAGCCACAGAGGCGGUCGGCCAUUUUGAGGAGAGAUACCAGUGAGAGAAGGACGCGUCGAGGAGUGAGGCGGAAAUAUCAGCAAGCCAAACCGUACGCUCGUCUCUGGGGAUGAAAUAUACCAUGCUUGAUGCUAGAGAUGAGACGAUACGAGAGUGUUGGUGUCUAAACUUGGUCCCGUUGCCGGAAAGCGGCGAGGGAGGGGAAGCAUUGCCCGCGGACAGCCUACAGUCUCCCAAGGCCGCAUGCAUGUUGCACGCCACUAU